GUCAAUGGGGCGUCUGGUCUCGGUCUCCAUCGUGGAGAACGAUAAAAGACUAGUGCUCAAUACAAACUGCAUGCUUCCUCCUUUUUCUCGUCAUUGAUUGAUCGUAGACAUAAGGCCGGCAGUGAUGACAGCGAUGGAAGAUGUGUUUCCUCCGGAGCAGCAGCUAGUAUGCGAGUGGUACACACCUUCCCUGAACAAGACACUGGCCUUCCUGCGCGCAUUCGGAUUCGAAGUUCUCAGGGAGGAGGCGAACCAUUUCGCCGAGUUGGGAUGGAAAUCCAAAAGCCGGCUCAUGGUAGAGCAGGUGGACGCAUUUCUAGCUAACCAGAACGAGUUUGGCUACAGAGGUUACUGCGGGAACAUCAGAGUCCUGGUGCCGGACGUGGAUGCUGUGUACAAAAUCGCCAUGCAGACGGAAGGCGCUGUCAUUCUGAAGGAAUUGGGCGAUCGCUACUACGGGUUUCGAGAUUUCACAGUGGGCGGACCUUUCGGACUCGCACUUCGCUUCUCCUCACCCCUGUCUGCCUAGCAGCAGCCCUUGAUCCGUCGUUCCUUGUGUCCUGCUGCCUCUGUCGCUCAAAGUUUCGUGCUUGAAUUUUGGCUACACGGUUUAGGCCUGGAUGGCCUUCUCAUAUACUUUUUUCAUGCCUGUUGGUGGUUUCGAUCAGAAACUCUGACUUGCGUCCGGAUGUCUUCUGCAUCCAUAUGAUAUCAAUUUGUGAGUAGUGUUUGUUUUGAAACUGCUAUGUAACCGUUUUCAAGCGACAAAUGAUAACUGCGAGAUAUAAAGAAUAUAUUUUGUCAAACCACGAGCCAUUACAGUGUAAAAGACCUCCUUUAAGGAAACUCAAAGCCAAGGAUGUGGGGUCGGGGCCAGGUCGCUGCCUAUUGUUGAUUGGAAAGAGAUGAACUUCUCUUGGAGUUAUGCAUGGAGAAGAUCUAAUAUGAUAUAAGAUGCCAGUAGCAAAAGUCAAAUAGCACAAGGAGGAGAAUAACCUUUCACUACGUGAGAAGAAAACUGUCAGAAGAGUGGAGCACAACCAAUUGAAGAACAAAACGCAAAUGCCCGUACAUUAUUGUGAUUAUGUUCUAUGACAACUGUAGCUAACAUCAAAGUUUAUCUUCUUUUAGCUCUGAGGGUACAUCCCUAUGACCAUUAUGUCUACAAACGUAACUUAUGGUACACAUUAAUUCCUUUUUCCCCUUUAUAUUCACCACGUUCUUAGUACACAUUGAUGCGUACUGAUAGUACAUAAUUUAUGAAACUAUGCAAUAACAAGAAUACACGCUCUCUACUUGACGG